AUGGCCGCCGCCCCUCCACCAAACCGGCCCAUAAAGGUUCUGAUGCUACACGGGUACACGCAGUCCGGCCCAUCCUUUCAAGCCAAAACGGGCGCCCUCCGUAAAUCGCUACAUAAGGCUUUCCCCAAAGGCAUCGAAUUCGUCUACCCAACCGCGCCAAUUCGGCUCACACCCGCCGAUGAGUCGUGGUUAGCAGGCACCAGCGCUGACACCAAUGGGACCGAAGGUGGAAAUGAACAACCGCAGCUCGACGCUUGGGCAUGGUGGCGGAUGAAAAACCAGGGGAAUUCUUAUGUCUAUGAGGGACUUGAGCUGGGUUUGGGACUCAUCGCGUCCAUCCUGAAAGAACAAGGGCCGUUCGAUGGCGUAGUGGGUUUCUCGCAGGGCGGCGCAUGUACAGCCAUGGUAGCCAGUCUACUCGAACCGGGGCGACGCGAGGCGUUCGAAGCCCGCGUUGCGUCUGGCGGCGUGCCAUACCCGGAGAGUUUUGAAGACGGAAAGAUUCAUCCUCCGCUCAAGUUCGCCGUCUCGUAUAGCGGUUUCCUCGCGGGCAAGAUGGCGCCGGGCCCGCAACCUUAUCAAGCGUUUUACGAGCCCAAGAUACAGACGCCCAUGUUACAUUUUAUAGGCACGCAAGACGUUGUUGUGGAGGAAGCGCAGACUUUGGCACUUGCCAAGGCGUGUGCGAGUACCGAGGACAAGUAUAUCGUGUAUCAUCCUGGUGGGCACUUUUUACCCAGUACGCAGAAGGCGAGUGUGAAUGCAUUGAUUGGGUAUAUCAAGGAGGUGUUACAUAAUGAGGAGGCGGGGAAGAAGGAAGAGGAGAGUGUGGAGGAUAUGGACGUUCCGUUCUGA